AUGUCAUACGACAGGUAUGUGGCCAUAUGCAGGCCUCUGCAGUAUCCAGUCCUCAUGAGGAGACAAAUCUGCUACAUCUUUUCUAUGGGGGUCUGGUUUUGGUCUUCUGUACAGGCUUUGACGUGUUCCCUUUAUGUACUGCCUCUUCCCUACUGCAAGUCCAAUGUGAUUAAACAUAACAUGUGUGAUUAUCCAGCCCUUGUUCAGCUGUCCUGUUCUGACAAUUCUGCCUUUGAAAAAGCAAUCUACCUUGGGGAUUUCCUGGUAUUUCUCAUCCCAGUCACGGUCAUCCUUGCUUCCUACAUAGCCAUUCUCCUGCAAGUCUUAAGGUCUCGCCCGUCAGAGAGAAGCCACAAGGCCUUGGGCACCUGCUUGUCUCACUUGUGUGUGGUGGGGCUCUUCUAUGGGGCAUCCAUGGUGACGUACAUGACACCUGUAUCCUCCUACUCAGCACAAAAGUCCAUGACUAAUACCAUAUUUAAUACUGUUGUGCCUGCCAUGAUGAACCCUUUCAUAUACAGUCUGCGAAACCGGGAUGUGUCAGCAGCACUGAGAAAACUCUUUGCAAAAUGUUCAUUGCACAAAUGA